AUACGUCCUGCAAAUUUCCUCCUCCAAGUUCUUCCACUUUCUUCCACAUGGGUCAUUCUCAGUCAUAGCACGGUAACUCUACCGUCGACCCGUUAUCUACCCCCCGGCACUGAGAGAUGAGUUCGUAAACUGCUGUCAAGAGAGCACCGGUAUCGUUACCGGGUCGACCUAGGCGGAUGGAUACCCCCAUACCGUAAAAGCCAGAAUGGGUAAACAACCCGCAAUGUAGUCAAAAUUUCCCCCUCUAGUAAGGUAUUCUGAUGUUUCAAUUUUUUGUCACUCAGAGAGGGUGAGGAACUCUUCCUUUUUUGCCGUGUUUUUCUCCCCUUUUCCAAAUUAGGUAAUUCUUGACUACAUGGCACACUUCCUAUCUUACGAUCCCAUUGUUUUACCGCGCUAAGGAUGGCUAGUACUCCCCACUGUGGGCCCGGAUCGACCCGGGGGGUAACCCACCGCAAACCUACAAAGUCAAGCGCUCAGGAGGGCCCAAGGCUGAAAUUGUCUCUGCUCUCGUUAACAUAGUACAUCUCCUCGCGCUUCUUGUUCUACUAACUCCUCGAGAGUGAGUAGCGAACUAAUCAAGAGAUGAGAUCGUUGCCUAGUGGAGGUAUGGGUAGAGACCUGUUCCAUUACGAGCGUGCUAUGGCGCUAAAAUUUAUUAUCCACGUCAUUAGCGACAUUCACCAACCUCUCCAUACUGAGCAUCUCCUUGGUGGCAGCAAGGGAAAAGGGGUGCCUUCAGAUAGAGUGGAAAACACCCCUCACCGUGCGUGGAACUCAGCCAUUCUCGAGAAGCACAUGGGAGAAACUGCGAUCCAGAACGCUACAAGGCAGUUGAAUAACCUAUACAUAGAGAUAGAGACAGGCGAUUUCGAUGAUCCUUUUAUCAAACAAUGUUAGAGCGAGCGUAUCGAUCCGGCAGCGCAGGAAAAGUGCGCCUUCGUGUAGCCUCGUGAGUUUAACUGAUGGAUGUGUGAUUCUGUCUAUCGGCCAAUUAUUCCGAAGGGUUUGAGGUUAGUGAGCCUGGCGGAGGGUAUUCCGGUGGUGCGGUGGAGAUUGUGGGCGGGUUGGUUUCGAAGGCGCAGUGGAAACUUAUAGGAUAA